UUUCCCUGCGAAGCGGCCUCUGGGGCAGAAGGAGGUGGAGGCGGCGGCGGCCGUUGCAGUGGAGGCGGCGGCGGCGGCGGCGGCGGGAGCCCGAGGCGGCGGCGCCCGCGGCCCAUCGCGGGGCCCGAGCUGUGCGCCGCGCUCGGAGCGCGGACCGGGCGGGGGCGCCGACGCGCUGCAGCCUGCCUUGCCGAGGGAGGCGGGAGUGAGGAAAAAGGCUCCGGGCCCAGGGGGCGGGGAAGGGGGGCCGGGCCUGGAUCCGGCGGGGAGGCCGAGUCGGAGGCCGGCCCGUGGCUCGUGCCGUCCCGGGGCGGCGAACCGCGCAUCUGCGACGCGGAGCGAACGCCGGCGGCGGGUGGAACGCGGGGGCCCGGCGGCGCGCGCGCGGGGACCAUGGCGUCUGUGCAGGCGUCCCGCCGCCAGUGGUGCUACCUGUGCGACCUGCCCAAGAUGCCGUGGGCCAUGGUGUGGGACUUCAGCGAGGCCGUGUGCCGCGGCUGCGUGAACUUCGAGGGCGCGGACCGCAUCGAGCUGCUCAUCGAUGCUGCCCGCCAGCUGAAGCGCAGCCACGUGCUCCCCGAGGGCCGCUCGCCUGGGCCCCCUGCCCUCAAGCACCCGGCCACCAAGGACCUGGCUGCGGCCGCCGCACAGGGGCCGCAGCUGCCGCCCCCGCAGGCCCAGGCCCAGCCCUCCGGGACUGGCGGUGGCGUCUCAGGCCAGGACCGCUAUGACAGGGCCACAUCGUCAGGCCGCCUCCCCCUGCCCUCGCCCGCCCUGGAGUACACUCUGGGGUCCCGCCUGGCCAAUGGACUGGGCCGUGAGGAGGCCGUGGCGGAGGGGGCGCGGAGGGCCUUGCUUGGCUCCAUGCCUGGCUUGAUGCCCCCCGGGCUGCUGGCAGCUGCGGUGUCUGGCCUAGGAAGCCGAGGCCUGACGCUGGCACCCGGCUUGAGUCCUGCCCGCCCCAUCUUCGGCUCCGAUUUCGAGAAGGAGAAGCAGCAGAGGAAUGCGGACUGUCUGGCAGAACUGAACGAGGCCAUGCGUGGCCGGGCAGAGGAGUGGCACGGGCGCCCCAAGGCCGUGCGGGAACAGCUACUGGCGCUGUCCGCCUGUGCCCCCUUCAACGUCCGCUUCAAGAAGGAUCACGGGCUGGUGGGGCGCGUGUUCGCCUUCGAUGCUACCGCCCGCCCUCCAGGCUAUGAGUUCGAGCUGAAGCUCUUCACCGAAUACCCCUGUGGUUCCGGCAAUGUGUACGCGGGGGUCCUGGCCGUGGCUCGCCAGAUGUUCCACGACGCUCUGCGGGAGCCGGGCAAGGCACUGGCCUCGUCUGGCUUCAAGUACCUCGAAUACGAGCGCCGGCACGGCUCGGGAGAGUGGCGCCAGCUGGGCGAGCUGCUCACCGACGGUGUGCGCACCUUCCGCGAGCCGGCGCCUGCGGAGGCCCUGCCCCAGCAGUACCCAGAGCCGGCGCCCGCCGCUCUGUGUGGCCCUCCGCCGCGCGCCCCGUCCCGGAACCUGGCUCCCACGCCGCGCCGUCGCAAGGCAUCCCCCGAGCCCGAGGGAGAGGCAGCUGGGAAGAUGACCACCGAGGAGCAGCAGCAGCGACACUGGGUGGCACCCGGCGGCCCAUUCUCCGCUGAAACCCCCGGUGUGCCCUCACCCAUUGCCGCCCUGAAGAAUGUGGCCGAGGCUUUGGGCCACUCACCCAAGGACCCUGGCGGGGGUGGGGGCCCUGUGCGGGCGGGGGGCGCCAGCCCCGCGGCCUCCUCCACGGCCCAGCCUCCAACCCAGCAUCGCCUGGUGGCACGCAACGGUGAGGCAGAAGUCAGUCCCACAGCGGGGGCCGAAGCUGUCAGUGGGGGUGGUAGCGGCACUGGGGCGACCCCCGGGGCCCCUCUGUGCUGUACCCUGUGCCGGGAGCGGCUGGAAGACACCCACUUCGUCCAGUGCCCCUCGGUGCCCGGACACAAGUUCUGCUUUCCCUGCUCACGGGAGUUCAUCAAGGCACAGGGCCCUGCCGGGGAGGUGUACUGCCCGAGUGGAGACAAGUGCCCGCUGGUGGGCUCCUCCGUCCCCUGGGCCUUCAUGCAGGGCGAGAUCGCCACCAUCCUUGCGGGAGACAUCAAGGUUAAGAAAGAACGGGACCCCUAGGCCACCACUGCCUCCAGGCUACUGCCCCCUGCUCCCUUGCCACCUCCGCUUCUGCGGAUAAAUUAUUCCCUCCCCCGCCCAGCCCAGUGCCACCCCUACCUGUGUACAUACCCCCUCCUCCGCCCGACUGGGUCCCCUGGGGUAGAUGCAUUGUGGGUGGGGGGAGAAAGCUUGUGGCUCCUGUCUGAGGGAAUGUUUGGGGUCCCUUGGCCCCCUCCAGUUUCCCUCUCCCCUCCUUGGCUUGGCUUUGCUGCUGCUUGUAGUUGGGGGAGAGGUCCCCCUUGAGAAGGGUGUCUCCUAAAAACUCGCUCUUUAUAAAUGAGGCAAAAGCAAUUUAUGGCCCCCCUUCUCCUGCCCCCUUUUCCUCCUUCAAUAAACUGAAAGAUGGGUUUUUUUUUU